AUGGGUGUCUCUCUUUCAACUGCCAAAUGGCUCGCGCCUGCAUCCUUCGCCGUCGACUUUGCAGCCCAGAACUAUGGCAUGUUCAGCACUCCUAACAUGAAAGACAUCCACGACGCCAACCUUUCCUUCUGGUCACCACAGCCUUUCUUCAUUGCAGGCUUCUUUUUUUCGCAACAGCUUUUCCAGCUUGCUUGGCUGUGGCGCCUGUACAAGGCAGACCCCAAGGUUGAGCCGAUGGAUGCAGACGUUGGAAUUAUGGUUGAUUUUGCACCUUUUUACGCUGUUGGAAACCUUUGCAUUGCUACAUGGAUGAUCUUCUGGAACAGCUCAGAUCUUAAGACUUCCAACAUUUUUGUUGUCAUUAACAGUCUUGCGCAGCUGUACUUUAUCUUUAACCGUCUUCCUCCGAUGAACACAAAAUCAAUCAACUCGGUUCUCACUCACGUUGUUGCCAAGACAUUUGCCGGCAUUGGUGUCCUAGAUCUUCUCCACAAUGGCUCGGUUGCUUAUUUCGUCCACCAGCAGCCUUCUACUGUUGUUAAGGUGCUUACCGGCGUGGGAUUUGGACUGUUGGCCAGUGCCAGUGACUGGAUCUUUGGUGGCUGUCUUGUCUACGACCUUAUUGCUCUCUCCGUUGGCCAGUCCGCCUAUGGAAACGGGGAUUGGAGCAAACUCCUUGGUAUCUAUGCCGGAGGGAUGGCUGCCAUCGUCGGAGUCCGGAACCUCUUAAAGUAA